AUGAAGAAUGUUCCUCCAGAAGCAGGCAAGUCUAUAUUCUGUCUCUUCUUUUUCAUCUUCUUGUCUUGUUGUAAUCUCUGUUUCUCGGAGCUGUCUUCGAGCCAGACAAGCACAAUGAUCGAGCUCUCAAGAUUCCUCAAUAUCUCAGAUUGGAAUCUUCCUGGUUCUGAGAGGAAUCCAUGUUUAUGGAAAGGUGUUCUCUGUAGCCAACCAGACAACGGCUCUGUGAUAAACCUGUCUCUCUCUGGCUUUGAUCUCACCAAUUCUUCCUUUUUAUCACUUGUCUGCCAAAUCCCGACUCUCGAGCAUCUUGAUGUCUCCAACAACAUCUUGAACUCAAUCCCAGAUGGGUUCAUGACGAAUUGUGAAACACUCGUUGGGUUGAAACAUCUGAACUUCAGCGGGAACCAAGUUUCUUCUUUUCCUGGUUUCCGAGGUUUCUCCAAAUUAGAAGUUCUUGAUUUCUCUAACAACAAUUUAAGUGGGAACAUUGGAGACUAUGGUUUACAUGCUUUGGUUCAGUUGAAGAGACUCAAUCUCAACUUCAACAAUUUAACUGGUUCAGUUCCGACCAAUUUGACCAAAAGCCUGGUGAUUCUGAAGGUUUCAGACAAUCAUUUGAGCGGUACUAUCCCUGAAGGCAUCCAAGAUUAUCAAGAACUAACGCAGAUAGAUCUCAGUGAUAAUCAGCUUAGUGGGUCAAUCCCAAAUUCGUUGGGAAACCUCACCAAGUUAGGAAGUUUACUUCUUUCCAACAACCAUCUUAGUGGGUCAAUACCAGAAUCACUUUCAAGCAUACAAACCUUGAGUAGAUUUGCAGCGAACCGUAACAGAUUCACCGGAGCAAUUCCAUCAGGGAUCACAAAACACCUCGAGAAUUUAGAUGUCAGCUACAACAAUCUGAAUGGGUCGAUUCCAGGUGACCUUUUGUCGCAGCGUAAACUCAUCUUUGUGGAUUUGUCGUUUAAUCAGUUUGAUGGUUGGAUUCCGCAAAGCAUUUCGCCUAGCCUUGUUAGGCUGAGACUAGGAAGCAAUAAGCUAACAGGGCAAAUGUCUUCUGCUGCGUUUGAGUCACUUCAGAACCUAACAUAUCUGGAGAUGGACAACAACAGUUUAACUGGUCUCAUACCUCGUGAACUCGCUUCGUGUCCGAGCUUGACUCUCCUCAACUUGGCUAUGAACAAGUUCACAGGGAUCUUAUCUCAUGCAAUUGGAAACCUUACCACCACGCUUCAAGUGAUGAAACUGCAGCAAAACAAGCUUACAGGAGAAAUCCCAGAUAGUAUCAAACGGCUAAGUAACCUCUAUACUCUUGACAUCAGCUGGAAUUCUCUGAAUGGUUCCAUACCACCUUCUAUCUCGCAGCUAAGGAAUCUUUCCACCAUGAAUUUGCAAGGCAAUAAGCUUAGUGGUAGCAUACCUGCAAACAUUGGAGAUCUGAAUAGUCUCAUAGAACUCCAGCUCGGUGAUAACCAGUUAAGCGGGAGGAUUCCAGUAAUGCCACCAAAGUUGCAGAUUUCCUUGAAUCUCAGCUACAACUUGUUUGAAGGGCCUAUCCCUACUUCUUUGUCUCAACUUCAGCAAUUGGAAGUUCUUGAUCUGUCAAAUAACAAUUUCUCAGGCGAAAUCCCUGAUUUUCUGACCGUUUUAGUAUCCCUUACACAGCUCAUACUCUCCAACAAUCAGCUAACCGGGUUUGCUCCCAGGUUCACCAGGAAUGUGAUACUCAAUGUCAGUGGAAACCUCGGUAUUAAGUCUAGAAAGGAUGAAGUCUAUAUUCAGAAAAAGCCACCAGGGAAGAGUAACCUGAUUUUGGUUGUAAUCUUUGUCGCCACUGGAGUUCUUGGUCUCGUGGCAGUGAUCAUAACUGUCAUCGCGUUGAAAUUCUCUAGGCGUUUCAACGGAGUUAACAACAUGCAAGUAGACCCGGUCGAAGAAAGAUCAGUCGAAGUUCCCGAGGUCAUUCAUGGCAAGCUUCUUACUUCAAACGCUCUACACAGAUCAAACAUCAACUUCUCCAAAGCUGUGGAAGCUACUGCUCAUCCAGAAACUGCUCUGUUACAGACAAUAUUCUGGAGUUACUACAGAGUACCCAUGCCCUCUGGUUCGAGUUACCUCAUCAAAAAGCUCAACACAAGAGACAGGCUUUUCCAGCAAGCCAGCAGUGAGCAGCUAGAGCAAGACCUAGAGAUGUUAGGCAAGCUACAUCACCCAAACGUAAUGGUUCCAAUAGCUUAUGUGCUCUAUUCAGAAGGGUUCUUGCUUUUCUAUGACUUUGCUCACAGUCAUACCCUUUACGAUGUUCUACACAGCCAUCCCAGCGAUGUGGUUGACUGGACGAGCAGGUACAGUAUAGCAGUUGGCAUAGCUCAGGGAAUCUCCUACUUGCAUGGAUCCAAAUCCAACGAUGGUGUUCCAAUCCUUCUACCAGAUCUCUCUAGUAAAAAAAUAAUGCUCAAAUCGCUCACUGAACCCUUAGUAGGAGACAUUGAACUGUUCAAGGUAAUCGAUCCUUCCAGAAGCAAUAGCAGCCUCUCAGCAGUUGCAGGCACCAUCGGCUACAUUCCACCAGGUAAGCAUAUAAUACAAAACCUUAUUUUGAGCGUGUCUGAGAAACAAGAGCUCUCUUAA